AUGGCGCCUCUUCGUACCCUGCUCUUCGGAGCGGGCUUGAUGCCGCUCAUCCAGAUGGCUGCGGCCUGUACGGGCACCAAUGUCAUUCAAGGAGGGUCUUCUGCGUAUACUUCCUUCUGGAGUACGAGUGCCGGCCCUACCCUGAAGACCUUUUCGGUGGUCGAUACUGGGGGUCCCGAUGGCGGUGCCUAUCUCGAAAUCGACGACUUCAGCUAUAGUUGGGUGAUUGUGCGCCAAAACAUUCCCUCGGUGCACGUGGGCACCUCCUAUCAUGUCUCCCUAGACUGGUCUAUCACGACGGACGACUCGACCGGAGCCUCCUGUACCAUUACAGUCGCUGUCGAAGGCAAUUCCUUCACUGCCGCAUCUGCUGCCCUCGUGGCUGGCCGAUCCAGUGGCUGGUCGAGUGUCUCUGGGACGUACACCCCCACUUCUUCCACCGGCAUUCCUUUCGUGAUCACCAUCAGUUGCUCCCAGGGAGCUUCCAACGGAAACCCGGUCAUUGGCCUGGCCGACAUUUCCAUGGUCAGCGCUUGCUCGGACACGGCCGACAGCACGUCGAGCGCUGUGAGCACCACCAGCAGUGACGUUUCGCUGGGAUCCUUGACUACUGCCUUGAGCACAUUGACUUCUUCUACCCUUGCUGCUUCAUCCACUGUCAGCAGUGCUUCUACAGCCACCUGGUCGACGUCUUCUGGCGCGACCACUACGACCGAUGACAAUGGCACCACGCUCACGGCUGAUACCACCGCUGGGACAUCUCUGGAGGCAUCACAGUCUGUCGACACCUCCGAUGAUGCCGCGGUCUCAGGCACAAUCUCGGUGUCCGAUUCAGCUGCCACCAAGCGCAAGCGUAGUGGUGUGUCCUGCGCGUUGAGCAUUUAUCAGGGCAACGAUCUCCUCGACAGCCUGACCGUCCCAACAGGUUCGUCGGCCCCUUUUUCGACCUGCUUGAGUAGUUCAUCCUCCAGUACCUUCAGUACCUCCACCCUCACGAUUAAAGUGGUUUGUGAUGGAACCGGGGCCACAGUUGAGGUUGCGGACCUUACGGUGGACACCAGUCUUGCGGCUGCUGAACAAUGUGCUGCUGGUGCUGCUGGUGCUACUACUGGUAUCUCUGCGGCCGCAUCCAGCUCGCCGAUUGCUGCUCCGAGCUCAGUCGUUGCUGCUCCGAGCUCAUCCUCUGCGGUCAGUGUUGCCGUGCAACGUCCUACUCCCAGCCCUCAGGCCAGCCCUCAAGCCAGCUCGAGUGUGCCUUUGUUUGUGACCCGUCCUAGCCCAUCAACCACCCCAAGCCCUAGACCCAGCUCAGGCUCUGUUGCCGGUUCGGACUCAUCUGGUGCUGAUUCUUCUAGCUCGUCUGGUUCCUCUUCUAACUCUGGCUCUGCUGGCUCCUCUUCUGGUUCUGGCUCGAUGGAUCCAGAAGCAGCAGCAGUUAGCGCUGGCUCUAAGUCGUCUGGCUCGUCUAGCUCUAAUGCUUUAGGCUCGACUGGCUCUGGCUCCUCAUCUGGCUCCUCAUCUGGAUCUGGCUCCUCGUCUGGCUCGCCUGGUUCCUCAUCCGACUCUGGAUCGUCGGGAAAUAUCACUGGCGCUGGCUCGUCCGGCUCUGGGGCUUCCGGGGCGUCCAGCUCGGCUGCCUCCCAGCCUGGUUCUGGCUCAACAUCGAACACAUCGGGUUCCAGCAACGCCAUCUCCGGCGCUGUGGCGUUUACUACCUCUACUGUUUCCCACACGGAGGUGCACACUGUCACCGCCUGCCCGUCGACCAUCCAAAAUUGCCCUGCCUCGGCCAAGACCACUUACCUGACCACCGAAACUGUGGUCGACUACACUACCAUCUGCCCGGUCACUGCUACCGAGACCCAGGUGCCUGCGACUGCCACCCGUGCUUUGAGUACCUCUAGACACGAGGAAUUCACGACAUCCACCGUGUAUACAACCUCCGUGCAUACAGUGACCGCCUGCCCCUCUUCAGUCAAGGAUUGCCCCGCCUCGAAGCAGACGACGUACCUCACGACCGAGACCAUUGUGGAUUACACCACGAUCUGCCCUGUGACUGCCACCCAGACUGGCGUCGCGGCCACAGCCACAGCCACGGCCACAUCUACUGCUGGUUCUUUGUCUCGUGUCACGGAGUAUGUGACCUCCACGGUGUACAGCACGUUGAUUCGUCCGGUGACUGCUUGUCCUUCAGGAUAUAAGAACUGUCCUGCGUCGGCGAAGUCGACCUUUGUGACUACUGAGACGGUGCCUGCCCAUGUCACCACCUAUACUGUGGUGACCACCGAGCCCCAUACGACCGCAGCGCCUGCUGGUGAGCAGGUUUAUUCCACCUCCACCGGUUACGAUAUCACUGUCUACACAGUAACGGCUGUUUCUAUGGGAUCAACCGACCAGACUGCUGCCCAAGAGACGGUCUCUGUGUAUACCACCCUGAUUCCAGUCGGGACCACGAUCUAUCUGAAUGUCGCGUCCAUCGCAUCGGCUACUGCUGCGUCUGGUGCUAUCGAUACGGGGGUUUCCCAGCCGGAAGGUGCGGAAGCCAUCGGCACGACAGAGUCCACCACCAAACUGGGCUCCCAUGCCCAGGUUGGGGGCAGUGGUGCGCAAUCUUCUUCAAUCCCAGAGUCCCCAAGCCCGUCGGGCUCCUUGAUCCCCUCAUUCCGAGCAUCCUCUGCGGUCGCAGCGUCUGCAGCAGCCUCGUCUCGGGCCGGUACUAAUGCUGGAUCUGCCACUACCACCGCGGGGGGCGCGCUCUAUACUGGGGCUGCCGCAUCCGUCUCCCUCUCCUCUAGCCUGAUUUGCGUGGUGGGGAGUCUUGUCGCUGCUUUGAUGUUGUAG